AACCCCACCUUGCCACUCUUCACUUCUUCGCACCACAUACAUCACUCGCUAACUAUCUCUUCUUCCAAACAACUAACAUGGCCUCCACUACAUUCAUUCUUCUCCUCCCCAUCCUCCUCCUCCUAAACCCCCAAGCCCAAGCCCAAGCCCCAGCCCCGGCCCCAUCGGGCCAACUCAACCUGACAGCCAUCCUGGAGAAAGGCAGCCAAUACACCACCCUCCUUAAACUCCUAAAGGACACACAACAACUCUCUCAAAUCCAGAACCAAUUCAAAACCAACUCUCAAGGCUUCACCGUCUUCGCCCCCACCGACAACGCCUUCCAGAACCUUCCAUCGGGCGCACUCAACGGCCUCUCCGACGACCAAAAGGUCCAGCUCAUCCUGUACCACUCCGCACCAAAAUACUACUCACUCAGCGAUCUCUUAACCGUUAGCAACCCUGUCAGGACGCAAUCUCCUUGGGGUCUCAACUUCACCGGCGGACAAGGCAACCAAGUCAACGUUUCCACCGGCGUUGUUGAAGUCCAAAUUAACAACGCUCUGAGGCAACAGUUCCCGCUUGCUGUUUACCAAGUCGACAAGGUCUUGUGGCCCAAGGCAUUCUCUGCCGACGCUAACUCUCCGUCUCCGGCUCCGGCUCCCAAGAAGAAGGGUUCUAAUAAGGGUACUGCCACCCCAACAAGUGCUGCCGCCGAUGAUGCGCCUUCACCUUCUGCUGAAAGCAAGAAUGAUAGCAAUGGUGUAGCUGGGAUGAAGAAUAAUGUGGGUUUUGGCAUGGUUCUUGGGUUUGUUUUGCUUUGCAUGCGUGUUCUUUCUUGAUGGCAUCAUCAUGAGGAACUAUGUAUGUGCUUCUUGUAAUUCUAUCAUUCUUCUUCUUCUUCUUUGUCUUCUUUUCUGCAAGGCAAAUUUGUGGUGAUUUUUUUUAUAUAAUAAUGUACCUUAUUCUUUGGUGUA